UUGGCAAGUCACUUGAAACACAUAGCAGUUGGUAUGACCGAUUUGUUUAUUUGGGGGGAAAUCUGUUUGGAAAGUCAGCAUUAAAGUGAUUUGUAGAUAUAGCUCAUGUAGCUGCAGCCGAUGCUCAUUUUCAUGUAUUUUGAUAAGUUAAAUAGUGACAUUAGUAAAGUAAUUGUAAAGGCAGAGUUCAUUAUACAAAUUGGUAUGUCUGAAGCUAGUUGAUGAAUAUUAAAUUCCUAGGAUUGUCGCCCGUCUGUUGCUCUGACUGAAAUAGGGGUCAUGCAGUUUUAGAAGGGAAUCCUGACCGUUUCCUCACUUCCUCAAUUAUCUGUGUCACUUCCUUGGUUUCACCACGCGGCGUCGUUGCUCAGCAGGAGAAACCCAGGUGCAACAUCCGUUAAUCUAGUCUCUGACGAAUACACAAAUUUGUCUCAAACUUUUUUACGUAAACAGUGCAAAAAGGUGGGUAACUAUGCAGCGCAAUCAUCGAACCAACAUCCUUGUUACUUCGUGUCUGAAAACGCCGGUAGACCCACACACCAAGGCGCCCGUGGCUCUGUAUGAACGGGAAAGGACUCUCCCGUACGCGACGAGGAGACAAAUGGACAACCGAGAUUAUGAGAAAGAGAUGGAGUACGACAUUGAUUCCGACGUGGCGGUGGAGGACUCCCCUGGAAAGGGCUCCCCGCUCCUGAUCAAGGACUACCGGGUGACGGGGGACCACAUCGACCUGCGCGAGUUCUACUUCUCCAACGAGGAGUACUACCGCAAGCUGGAGCAGCUGAAGAAAGCCCACCUGCACACCAUGGCCCAGCUGGAGCAGAUGUACCGCAAGAAGCUGGAGCUCAAGGGAGGACCAGGAGGGGACAACACACAACGCGUGUCUCAACAGAUCCAGUGGGGAGGAAGCAGCCUGGUGCCACCCGUGUGCGGGAUGAAGAAGUCCCACUCCGCCCACGAGCUGGGGAGGGUCUCAGGGGUGUCUGAUGGGUCUGAUGAUGAGGAGGAGGAAGAUGAUGAGGAUGAGGAAGAGAACCGGCCAGAGAAAGGCCUGCUGCUCUCGCCCAAAGAACGCAUCAGGACCAUGUGGCAGGACUUCUCGGUGGAAAAGUCUCCUCAAACCUGUAGACGCGGGCGCUGCGACUCCUUCUCCUCGCUCCAGAGCCAGCCGGGCGACGGCCGCCACCACCAGGGCCCAGCGCAGGGCAAGGUCAAAGGUCGCCGUGGGGUGCGCAAGAAAUCGUCCGAGAAGAAGAAGAAGAAGAAGGAGGAGGAGGAUGGUGAUGAUGAUGACGGUGGUUUGCGUCCGCGUGCGACGAUUCCCCAGCCCUUCAACAUGACGCUACGGGAGGCCAGGCGCAAGCGCCACGGGGUGAAGACGCGGGCCGAGGUGGAGCACGAGAACACCGAGCUCCGGCGACAGCUGGAAGAGCUGACCGAGUGCCAGCAGCAGUUCCACGCCAGCCCCGUGCCAGCGCACGUCCACCUGCCCCUCUACGACGAGCUGCGCCAACGAGACGGGGAGCGUCGGCGGGCCAAGGUCGAGGAAGCCCACCAGCGCGGUGGCGUAGCCCUUCAGCGUCCCUUCAGCUUCCUGGAGCGCGAGCGGCUGAAGAGGGAGCAGCGCGAGGAGCAGCUGCGAAAGCUCGCCCAGGAGGAGGCGGUCGCCGGCCGGAGCAGAACCACCUUCCGGGCCAAACCCGUGCCACGAGCGGUUCGCGAGGUGGCGGCGGCCAACGAUCGGCUGAAGGAGGACCAGCUGUACCGGUCCAUUAAGAUGCAGAUGAGGGCCCGUGAUUUGCUGCACAGCGCAUCGGUGCCACCGAGCAUGUUAGCGCGCCGACUGGAGGACAGGAAGGAGAGGGAGAAGAAGGAAAGAGCCGCUGCGGACGAGCGGGCGAGUCACCGGCCCAAGAUCAACUGCGAGGUGCCCGACUUCGACUCCAGUUACAGAAAGUUCCAGAAGCACCUGGAGCGGGGGAAACGCGAGGCCAAGCCACUGACCGCCUGCGAGCCCUUCCAGCUGCGCACGGCCAACAUCCCCUCGCGGAGGGAGCGCGUGGCGGCGGCGGCUGACACCGAGGCGAGCAAGUCGAGCCCUCGGGACUCUCGCUGGCCGUUCGUGAGCUCCCCGAGUUCCUCCCCUCGCUCUCGGCACGCACCCCGCACCUCCUUCUCCAGCCUGUGCUCCUCACUCUCCGGCAGUCAGGAAGUACUCACCGCCAAAAUCACAGACACCGCCCGGAAACGGCAAGAGGCCAUAAGGAAGGUUCUAGAACAGAAGCAGAAGGCGGAGGAGGACGAGCAGAGGUGGCGGGAGAGGCAGCGGCAGCGGGAGCGGAGUCUGCAGAAGGUGAUCACCAGGCGCGCCCAGGCCAACGACCCGCACCAGACCCUGGCACAGACCAGCCAGUCUAAACUCCAGGAGUUCAGGAAGCAGGACCUUCAGCGGAGAAGAGAGUACAAGGAGGAGAUGAAGGAGAUACAGGAGAGGGUCCGGGGCAGACCUCUGCUACUGGAGCAGGUGGCACGGAACAAUGCCAAGCAGGUGGCAGAGAGACGCUAUACAGAGGCCCUGAAGGCGUGCGGCCUGUCGGAGGACUUUGUGCGAGAGAAGGCGCUCCAGAGCCGACGUUCCCGCAGCGAGUCGCCCUCAGUCCGCUCACUCCAAAGAGACACCAGCCGCGGGGAUAUGGCUGCACCUCUAUCAGACUCUGUGAGUCUGGACGGGUCCCUCCAGAACUAUCAAGAUGAUUAUGAAGAUUACUGUGACCAGGACCAGGAAGGAGAGGAGGAAGAGGAGAACAGGAAGGGGAAGGACGGCCAGUGUGAGAGUGACGAAGGAGACAAGAGUGACCCUGAAAGGCAUGAGGGUGACAGUCUCUCGAAUGACGAUGACCGGGAUUAUAACGACGAUGACCGGGAUUAAAGUGAUAAAGGAAGUGACAUCAUUAACAGACACAAGGACAGUCAGAGUAGCUAGAGCAAUCACAGUUACCAUGGCAGCAAGGGCAGAAAAAGUAGCUGAAGCAAUAGAGCACUCAAAAUAUUUUUUUUGUGAAAGAUGGAUGGACACAGUGACAGAGAUGAGCUGUGGUUUGGACAGCUGAUGGGUAGACUGCCUGGAAGUGUUGUAAAUAUGGUCAUGUUAAAGCAAACUAUUGUAUGUGAUUAUUUCAGAUCUAUAAUUAUUUGAUUUUUUAAAUACAUUUUCAGACCUAUAAAAGACUAUAUAAAUUGUAUAGUAAUAUACAUAGACAUAGCAGUUGUUUAGUUGCUAAAUAGGUGACGUCUAUUUUGGGCAAAACAUGUUAAGCUGUAGCUUGCAAUUAUGUAGCUUUAUAAAUGUAAUGUAAUUGUUUUACACAUGUUUAUGAAACUGUUAGAUAUUGUGGGACUGGUAGAAUUCAAAGGUGUGACACAUAAAUAAAGUUUUUACAACACUUUUA